AUGUACCAAGCAAAGUUCCCAAUUACAGGACUGGAUAAACAAUUGCUUCCUCCUGAAGAAUAACUUAAAGCAGAAGUUGGAGGGAUUUACUACAAAUUAGUUAUCUCUAGAAAUGAUACUUCAUUUGCCAUUCACAAUUCAGAAAAAUUUUUAAUUUCUAAUAUACCAGUUGGCGGGGAGGAUUUUGUGGAAAUGAAAGUGUACGAUCCAUUUUUAACUAUUGAAAAAGACUAUAAAAUUAUGUAGCUAGAGUUUAGCAUAUUGAAUCCAAAUUAUUUGUUGCUCUUGACUGACCAAAAUUAGCUUUUCAUCUUGAAUAUGCUAUCUGAGCAAAUAAUCGAGCAAAUUAUAGAUAUAGAAUAGUUCCUAGUUUCGUCAAGAUAUAAAUUUGGCUACAAGGCAAAUAAGCCAUAGAUCAUACAGUUUGCACAAGCUUUGAGUCAUACAUCACUUGGUUUCUAGCCAUUUACAAUAACUUUUAUGACUCAAGUUGGCAAAAUUUAUUAAAUGAGUCCAAUCAUGCCUUAGGAGAUAAUAACAACAGCAGAUGCUUUAUCAGACCUUGUUGCAUUCACCAAUCAGAAGACUGAAGAUUUAAACACAGCUGGUCUGCCUACAACAGAUUUGGAGUAGUUUAUGGCUGCAAUGAGUGAGGGAUACAACUCUUCCUUUAUCAACAAUCAGAACGAUAGAUUAAUUUCCUUAACCAAGGAACAUGUUUAAUCAUGCUUUCCAGUCCUUUAAGGUCCACUUGAAAUAGUGAAUGAGGAACAAACUAUUGAUCAGGUAAAGUACAUUGGACUAAAAGUUACAAAUGAACUCCCUUUUGCAUUGACCAGAAUAAGCGAUAGAUCAGUUGAAGUUUUAAUAUCUUUCUUCCAGCCAAUAAUUUAAAUGUAUGAGAAUCAAUCAAAGGACCCCAGUUUGAAAAACUAAAAAAAUGGCUUAAGCUUAGUUAAAAUUGGUGAUUUAUAAAUUAGUAAUUACUAGGCAUUAAAAAUAUCAAAACUCAAGCAAAAUCCAAUAAAUAACUUAGAAAGCUUUCUUCAAGCUAAUGCUUCUCUAUACAGACUUGACUUGAAUAUGCUUGAAAGACUGAAUGAUAGAUUUGUAUAGGAGGAAUAGAUUCAGCCUAAAGAUCUCUAAAGAGGUAUAAUGCAAUCCAAGAUGAUUGAUUCCAUCAGUACAAACCCUGGUCAUUACCAAUGCCUUGGAAAUCUUCAAGUAUUCUACGGAAUUAAUGAGAAAACUAAGAAGGAUUUAAUCUUUGCAUUCGAUUCGGAUUAUUGCAUUGAUGAGGCUGAGAUUUUUCAAGGUUUGCAGUCUAAGUUAAAGCAGGUGGAGGAGGUGAUAUUGACUGAUAAGAAAAAGCAUAAGAUAUAACCUAUUCCAAUACAAAUCCAAGCUAAAUUCCCUGAAAUUAAGCUAUCAAAUUAAAAUCUUGCUACUUAGCAAGAUGUGGAAAGAGUGUUGAGUAAUAUCAAUGAAUAUCUGGUGAAGACUUAUAUACCCCAGUUUGACGGCAUCGAAGAUGACUUAAAUGAAAAAUUGGAUCAUUUGAACAAAUUAAAGCACUACUAUAUUGUUUAAGCUAGAAAGGCUGCAGAUAUGCAAGCAGAAUUAGAAACGAAAAAGUCAAAAGCAAAUGAUGGUCUCCAGCAGAUCUAGAAGAAUAAUAAUUUCGUCAACCAGCUUUAAACCCAGGUAGCUCAGGGCAAAGAGGCUAUGGAUCAAAUUAAGACCAGAUUCGAUUACUCACUCUAAAGAGAUCAAAUAGUGGCUUCUUUUCUGAAGGAUGCAAAGAACUUUGACCCAGAAGAACUAAAGAAAUUCGUGCUGGAAAAGAAGAUAGAAAUGGACAGACUAAAAGCCAGUAUUGACAAUAUGUUGACUCAACUUAAUAUAAAAAAGUGA